GGUAGUGACACCGGGCGAGCCCUACGUUGAUUUUGUUGACAUUUUCCACGGCAGCGGCGGCGUGGAAGUUGAAAAUGGCCGCGGCAGCGGUGGAAGUGACGCGGCGGGAGCGGGCCCUGAGGCGCUUGGCAACGGCGAGGGUACCUUCGGUGGCGGUCUCUUCGCGAUGCACCUUGUCUGUUCCGUUACCUCAUCCCCCCCGUGCGCGAACCAUCCGACCUUUCCCACAUCGCCCGGGUUCGACGGUCUUCCUUGAAGACACCGGCGCCGUAGUCCACGUUGUCCCUUCUGGGGAAAAGGUGUACAACAGGCGCCCGCCGCUCCCGGAGGAGCGACUACUCAUGCUUGGCGACGGUAAGCACAUCCCGGUAGAGUUUUUCGGUGACUUGGAUGUGAUCUUCCACUGCCCUGAGGACGUGCGCGUCACCCUGCAGAAUGUUGGUGUGGUACCGGGUUUGGCGCUAGAUAUUCUGUCGCUGAACAAGAUCCAGGAUCGCCAUGAGAUCAAGCUUAACCGGCAUGGAGCAUCGAUCUUGGGGGGGCGAGUGCGCAUGACAAAAUUCCCUCACGGGAAUUACAUCCAGGGGACUCGCGUUGAUCCACUGCCUCAACGCGACUCACCUCCUCAGCCCCCCGCGAUGGUUGCGGCGAUGCUACGGCCUGGCACGCAAUCCAGCAUCGACUACAACGCUCUUCACUGCUCCCUCGGUCAUGCCAAUUCCAAGACGCUGUACGAGACUGCCAAGCAGAUGGGUAUCAAGGUGACCGGCACUCCGGAGUACUGCGAUGGAUGUGCGGAGUCGAAGGCGAUUCAGCGCUCGGUCCCCAAGGUCAUCUCCCCCUCCCGCCGGACGACGCGGCCUCUUGAGCGUGUCGCGAUGGACCUAGCCGGUCCGUUCGGCCAAUCCAGCGGCGGUGCCAAGUACGUGAUGCAGAUCCUGGACCACCAUACCAACUACGGAUGGAUUUGCUUUCUGCGGGAGAAGAGC